CAUUCUUUCCCCUCUGCGCCCGGUCGAGGAUUCAGACCCUCUGGAAAUAAAUAAACACGCCGCUGCCCCCACCAUGCGAUUCUCCGCCGCCACGCUCCUCAUCACGGCGCUGGGCUGGAUCACCGCCGCGACCGCCCACAACAUCCAGCUCAAGGCUCACUCGCGAGAAUGUUUCCACGAAUCGCUGCACAAGGACGAUCGCAUGACGGUGACCUUCCAGGUCGGGGAUCGGGAAUUCGGAGGAAGCGGCAACUUGGAGAUUGAUUUCUGGGUCGAGGACCCCUCGAGUAACCGCCAAUACUACCGACAAGCCGUGUCGUCGGAAGAUUACUCGUUCAACGCCCACGCCGACGGCAAAUACGUCUACUGCUUCAGCAACGAGGGCUGGACCUCCAACUCCAAGGAAGUGUCCUUCAACGUCCACGGAAUCGUGUAUGUCCCGGAGACGGAAAUGGAGCAGGAUCCUUUGGAGACCGAAGUUCGUCGACUUUCGGAGGCAUUGGCCCAGGUUAAGGACGAGCAGUCUUACAUCGUGGUGAGAGAGCGCGUGCACCGGAACACGGCGGAGAGCACCAACGCCCGAGUCAAGUGGUGGAGUAUCUUCCAGCUGGCGGUGCUUAUCGGCGAGGGAGUGUUCCAGGUGUGGUGGUUGAAGAGAUUCUUCGAGGUCAAGCGUGUGGUCUAAUUGUUUCGGGGCAUUCUUAAAUAAACGAAAAGGGGUGAUGGAUGGACAGGACGUUGCUUCCAUUCUGUACUAGUCGAGGAGUUUAGAUUCUAUGAGAUAUGGAAACCAAGUAGUUAUAUAUUGUUAUUCUCGAGACGCAC